GUCCCCUUUGGGGCUCACAGGACCUGAUGGAGACCAUCUCAGUGGAGGGCGACCGAAAACACAUCCUGGCGUACAGCAUAGACGCCAUCCGCUGCCUCAGCGACCCGAAGCUCAGCCUGGAGCCAGCGCUGGAGUCGCGCCUCCUGCGGGCCGCCGUGGAGAAGAGCUUCCUGGCCAUAGGGCGUGAAACCCAUCGAAACCAGGUCGUGCAGCGACUGUACGAGGAGUACCUGGAGGGCCUGCUGUGCUGCGUCUUGUCCAGCGCUCCCAGCCUGGGCAAGCUCUACUCCAUCUGGGAGCACUUUACAUCGUGGACUGAGGCGCCGGAUGCCCAGCACCGUGCACUGGGCAUGAAGAUCAUGACCGGCGCCAUUGCCUUUGCUGUGCAGCUCCUCCCACAAUUUGAGGGCUCCCCUGACAUACUGGAGGUGGGGGACAUGGCAGCCCGCCUGGGUCUGUCCAUCAACGACCCGGAGGAGACCAUCAGCUGCAAGGCCAGGGCGUGCAUGUAUUUGCUCGCUCAAAUCCUCCUUCAUCAGAGGGGCCAAGACAUGCGAGGGGCAGAGGAGCUGCGGUUCAAGCGCCAGAACGAUCAGAGCCAGGUCCAGAAGUACAGGGACCUGGCGAGAGUGGGAGAGGGGCUGAGAAAGAUCUUGCUGGAGGAGCAAAGAAGAGCUUUCCUGCAGAGGGCCCUUCAUGCAGUUCGCAAUGGACCGAUGCACAUCAGCCAAGCUGGGCUGGUUUUCCUGUAUGCAAUCUUGGGGGAAGCCGGCCGCUUGAUGGGGCACAAGGAGAAAGAAAUCCCCAUCAGGGUCCUGAAUAAGCUCUUCAUUAUCACCUACCUGAAGGAGCUGCCUAAAGAUCUGCAAGGGCACAGCCUGCUGGUCACCUCCUCCAGCGCCAUCGCCUCUCUCCAGCCGCCCACACUUGCUCCUGCAGCAACACCUGCAGACCACCUCAACCCUGACAGCACCUCCAUGAGAGAAGAUGACCUCCCCAACCUCACCGGGAGCCCGAUGGCUACAGAGAAAAGCUGCAACAGCGCUGAAGCCACCACACACGUCACCGACUGACAAGUCAUCAUCCAGUCUGAGCCGUCCGCCACAGCCAAGUCAGCCUCUGCAAGAGGAGCAGCCUGAGAAACCCUCGUGGUGAAGAACUUGAAUAUCUUCCAGACCAGCUCUGCAAAGGGCUGGGGAAAGACCAGGCACCAUGAGUUUGUAGUGCCCAGGUUGCCAAGUGGAGGAUGCUCUUGUUGUGUGGAUGGCAUUUUGUGACCCCUGCCUCAGGGCUUUGGCCGGUCGCCAUUUGGGGCCAGGAAGGAAUUUUUUCCCCCUUCAUUUAUGGAACCAACUUCGGGGGGUUUUUCGCCUUCCUCUGAGGCAUCGGGACAUAAUCAGACCAUCCCGGCGUCUGUUGUGUUAGUAGCCUGUCCUUGAAUCCAUCGAGAGCCAUUCAGGGAGUGAAGAGAGCAAAGGCAUAAACCACGUGCACUGUUGAACAUAGAUUUAGUGUAAUGUGUCAUGUUGAACAUAGAUGCUAUAGAAACUAAGAGGAGAUGUAGGAUAAUAAAGUUAAGCUUUAGUUUUCUUUUCUUAUAA